GCCUUCACACGUGUGUUUCAGCUCAGUGGUGUGUUGUGGCCGUGGAGGUGUUGAGCCGGGCCUGGACCGAGCCUCUACAGCAUGUCAAAGAAAAGACGCAACGGAUCCCGUGGCCAUCAGGCUCACGGUCAACAGAAACGCAGACCUCCAGCUGCCAAGACUCUAAGGGUACCAGCUAUCUUUGCUAAAGAUUCAGGCACUGAUACUGAGGUCCCCCAUGAUAAGGUGACUUUAGCCCAGGCCCGGCGUGGCACUCCUGCUCACCGGCCUGUGAGGGUCUAUGCUGAUGGAAUUUUUGAUCUCUUCCACUCCGGCCAUGCCCGUGCUCUUAUGCAGGCAAAGAAUCUGUUCCCCAACACGUGCUUGAUCGUUGGAGUUUGCAGUGACCAGCUGACACAUAAGUUCAAAGGCUACACGGUAAUGAACGAAGACGAGCGUUACGAAGCUCUCAUACACUGCCGCUAUGUAGACGAGGUGGUCCGUGAUGCCCCGUGGACCAUCACGCCCGAGUUCCUGAAGAAACACAAGAUUGACUUUGUAGCCCAUGAUGAUAUCCCAUACACUUCUGCAGGAUCGGAAGAUGUGUAUAAACAUAUCAAAGCAGCAGGAAUGUUUGUAGCCACACAAAGGACGGAAGGUAUUUCUACCUCAGACCUCAUCACACGCAUCGUCCGCGACUACGACGUUUACGUGCGAAGAAACCUGCAAAGAGGUUACACGGCCCGGGAACUGAACGUCGGGUUUCUCAAUGAGAACAAGUAUCGUCUGCAGAACCAGGUGGAUAAAAUGAAAGAGAAGGUGAGAACCGUGGAAGAGAAGUCUAAACACUUAGUGCACCGUGUGGAAGAGAAAAGCCAUGACCUCAUACUGAAAUGGGAAGAAAAAUCCCGUGAGUUUAUUGGAAACUUUCUGGAGCUCUUUGGCCCCGAUGGACCAUGGCAUAUGAUCCAGGAGCGGAGUGGCCGUGUGCUGCAGGCUCUGUCCCCGUACCAGUCGCCCCGCACCUCGCCCAGCAGCAGCCCCACAAGAGGACGCUCUCCCUCACCUCCGGCUCUCUGAACCCUGCCACACCCCUGCACCAU